AAUACACUUGAAAAAUGUGUGCUUCAUCAUAUCUUUGUUAGAUUUAUGAGAAUAAAUGAAUGAAUUACAUUCCUUGAAUAUAUGUCUAACUGCAUAACAAAAUAAACUAAUGAGGUGAGUGUGUGCAAUCACAUGCAGUAAGGAGAGAAGAGAGUUGAACAAAGAGCUCAUGUUUGAGCCGUAGUUUUUACUUCAUUAAAAAUAUCUUAAAAGCUCAUGGCCCUUUACAUUUCUUCCACUUUAUGUUGCUCUUUCACAUUAAAAUCACAAUAAAAUACAAAGAAGUUUCAAACUGUAGCUUGAAGAAACACAAGUUCAAGGAGUAUGGACACUUUUGCAAGACGGUAAAAUCUUGUGAGAUACAAUAAAAUUAUGCGUGGUUCAUUUUUGUGUCAUUUAUUUCUUGAACAGAAUAACAAGUGUUUUUGUUGUUUUAAGUCAGUAGAAUCGAGUUAUUUGACCUUUGAAGCAUUUUUCUAGAGCCUUACGUCUUACGUUUGCUUUGAUUGACCUUUUUAAUCUGUUUCAGUCUCAGCUCAUGAUGGAGUUAUGGAUGUGCCCACAGGCCGUCAGACUAAAAGCCCUUCAUCAGUCAUUCUUCUAAUCCUGCGCACCCAUGUUACAUAAAGUUGCCAUCCUAACCCACAUCACGCAGGAAAAAACGGCUAAACCCCCGGCUUAAUAACCCCCGGGGUUAUUAAGUCCUGCUGUGGGAGCCGACUGAGCAGAGGCAUCAUGAUCCUCAUCGUGGACCUGCUGCUGAUGAUCUUCGAUGUCACCUACUCCAUCCUGUGCGCCGUGGUGCGCACCUUCCUCCAUCCCAGGCUGAAGAGCAUCGACGGGGAGCUGUGUCUGAUCACGGGAGCCGGGGGGGUUCUGGGUCGCCUCUUCGUCCUGGAGUUCGCCAAAGAGGGGGCGCAUCUCGUCCUGUGGGACUGCGACGCGGCUGCCAACGAGCGGACCGCGCAACUGGCCCGGGACCUGGGCGUGGAAGUGCGCACCUACACGGUGGACCUGUCCAAGCGCCAGAGCAUCUAUGACGCUGCGGAGAGGGUGAAAGCGGAGGUCGGGGACGUCUCCAUCCUGGUCAACAAUGCGGGGGUGGUGGCCGGACGGAGGCUGCUGGAGUGUCCGGACGAGCUUCUGGAGAGGACUCUGCUGGUGAACUGCCAUGCGCUGUUUUGGAUGACAAAAGCCUUCCUGCCUCAGAUGAAAGCCAGAAACCACGGCCAUAUCGUCACCAUAGCUAGUGCUCUUGGACUGUUCACCACAGCAUGUGUGGAGGAUUACUGUGCCAGUAAGUUCGGUGCUGUUGGCUUCCAUGAGUCCCUGGCACACGAACUGCGAGCAGAAAACCACGACGGCAUCAAAACCACAUUGGUGUGCCCCUACAUCGUAGACACGGGGAUGUUUUCAGGCUGUCAGAUCAGGAAAGAGAUUCGGAACCUGAUUCCUCCACUUGAGCCUCUCUAUACAGUCCAGCAAUCCAUGAAAGCCAUCCUGGGCGAGCAGGAAAUGAUCUGCAUUCCUCGCAUCAUGUACUUCCCCUUCAUCGCAAGAGCGUUGUUACCUUGGGAGGCCAACGUUGUGGCGUAUCGCUUCAUGGGAGGCGAUAAAUGCAUGAUGCCCUUCAUCAAGAACGCCGAGGCAAAAUCCUCAGGCGGCCACAUCCAGUCCUCCUGAGACUUUUCCAAUAAUGUCUUCCAGUGUUUUUCAACGGACUAAAGCAGACACCAAAGACUUGUCUGUGCAUUUUAUAACACA